AUGAAGCUCUCUAACUCAAAAACCCUCCCCUUUUUGAUGAUAUUUGUGCUUGUGAUUGCUAGUUUUGUGCAGGAAAGCACGGCUCAUCCAUGCGGGAGCACGUUUUUUUCGGCACUCGUCCAGCUCAUACCUUGCCGGGCAGCUGUGUCUCCUUUCAGCCCGAGUCCUCCAACCGAGUCUUGCUGUGACUCGGUCAAGGCUCUUGGGCAACCUUGUCUUUGUGUGCUUGUUAAUGGGCCCCCGAUUUCUGGCGUUGAUCGGGCCAUGGCUAUGCAGCUGCCCGAAAAGUGCACUGCAAACUUCGAACCAUGCGAAAUCGAUAAAUGA